UCUGUCACUCACAAUUGGAAAAAAACUAAGCGAACAUCAUCUGGUGAAAAUUUUUAAUAAAUUUUUAUUAUUUUUUUAAAAAUGGGUCGUGAAAUAAAGAAAAUAUUCGCUAACAAGCCAAAGUCUGGCAAAAGUUCUUCAACUGUUAACAACGAAGAAGACGUGAAGAAGAACAAGGCUAAGAAGGUUAGGGCUGAACCUGCUUUAGUAGACAAAAAGUCAACGCUUACCGAAGCUAAACUACGUAAAUUGAAGGUUGACAAUGAGGCUGUCGGUAAAGUUACCAAGCUCAAAAACAAGCUUAAAUCCAAAACUGUUGGACUGGAGAAAGCAGAAAUGAAAGAUUUGAUGACAUCUGACUUAAUUGCUGCUUCAGAGGAGCAACCAAGAGCUACAAAGCUUAAAAACAAGAAGGCCAAAGGGAACCCUAAUCCUGAAUCUGAAUCUGUUUUGGGUGAUCCAAAGAUCAAAGCAAAUCAAACUUCAUCCGUAGAAGAUAUUUUGAAAGAGUCACAAAAAACUCAUAAAGUCAAGAAGGACAAAAACAAGCCCAAGACUGAUUGUGAAUCGAAUGAUUCAAAUUCUUCAUCUGCUGCAAAUAUGGAGGGACUUCCUAAAAAAAAACCGAUUGAAGACGAAGCUAAACUUCGUAAAUUGAAGGUUGACAAUGAUGCUGUCGGUAAUAUCACCAAGUCCAAGAAUAAGCUUAAAUCCAAAACUGUUGGACUGGAGAAAGCAGAAAUAAAAGAUUUGAUUACAAUUGAUUUAAUUGCUGCUGCCUCAGAGGAGCAACCAAGGGCUACAAAGCUUAAAAUCAAGAAGACCAAAGGAAAGCCUAAUGCUGAAUCUGAAUCUGUUUUGGGUGAUCCAAAGAACAAAGCAAAUCAAACUUCAUCAGUAGCAGAUAUUUUGGAAGAGUCACAAAAAACUCAUAAAGUCGAUAAGGCUAAAAAUAAGACCAAGACUGAUUGUGAAUCAAAUGAUUCAAAUUCUUCAUCUGCUGCAAAUAUGGAGGGACAUCCAAAAAAUAAACCGAUUGAAGACGAAGAUAAACUUCGUAAAUUGAAGGUUGACAAUGAUGCUGUCGGUAAUAUCACCAAGUCCAAGAAUAAGCUUAAAUCCAAAACUGUUGGACUGGAGAAAGCAGAAAUAAAAGAUUUGAUGACAUCUGAUUUAAUUGCUGCUGCUUCAGAGGAGCAACCAAGAGCUACAAAGCUUAAAGUCAAGAAGACAAAUAGCAAGGUUAAUGCUGAAUCUGAAUCUGUUUUGGGUGAUCUAAAGAUCAAAGCAAAUCAAACUUCAUCCGUAGCAGAUAUUUUGGAAGAGUCACGAAAAACUCAUAAAGUCAAGAAAUCCAAAACCAAACUGAUUGCCGAAUCUUAUUUGGGAGAUCCAAAGAUCGAAACCGAAGCAGCUUCACCAGUAGAAAUUCCAAAGCUUCAAGCCAAGAAGCCCAAAUUUAUGGCUGGAUCUGAUUCGAAUGAUUCAAAUUUCAAAAGCCCUUCAUCUGCUGUAAAUAUGGAGGGACUUCCUAAACAAAAACCGAUUAAAGACAAACUUACCGAAGCUAAACUACGUAAAUUGACGGUAGACAAUAAUUCUGUUGGUAAAGUCACCAAGGAAAAGAACAAGCUUAAAUCCAAAGCUGUUGGACUGGAGAAAGCAGAAAUGAAAGAUUUGAUUACAACUGAUUUAAUUGCUGCUGCUUCAGAGGAGCAACCAAGGGCUACAAAGCUUAAAAUCAAGAAGGCCAAAGGAAAGCCUAAUGCUGAAUCUGAAUCUGUUUUGGGUGAUCCAAAGAACAAAGCAAAUCAAACUUCAUCAGUAGCAGAUAUUUUGGAAGAGUCACAAAAAACUCAUAAAGUCGAUAAGGCUAAAAACAAGACCAAGACUGAUUGUGAAUCGAAUGAUUCAAAUUCUUCAGCUGCUGCAAAUAUGGAGGGUCUUCCUAAAAAUAAACCGAUUAAAGACAAACUUACCGAAGCUAAACUACGUAAAUUGAAGGUUGACAAUAAUUCUGUUGGUAAAGUCACCAAGUCCAAGAAUAAGCUUAAAUCCAAAACUGUUGGACUAGAGAAAGCAGAAAUGAAAGAUUUGAUGACAUCUGAUUUAAUUGCUGCUGCUUCAGAGGAGCAACCAAGAGCUACAAAGCUUAAAGUCAAGAAGACAAAUAGCAAGGUUAAUGCUAAAUCUGAAUCUGUUUUGGGUGAUCCAAAGAUCAAAGAAGAACCAACUUCAUCCGUAUCAAAUGUUUUGGAAGAGUCACGAAAAACUCAUAAAGUCAAGAAUGCCAAAAACAAGCCAAAGACUAAAUGUGAUUCGAAUGAUUCAAAUUCUUCAUCUGCUGCAAAUGUGGAGGGGCUUCCAAAAAAUCCAUCGCUUGAAGACAUGACAAUCAAAGAUCAAUCUGCAUCAAAAGCUUCAGCUGAAGCAGAUAUUAUGGAAGAGAGUCUGCCAAAAAGUGAGCCACGUGAAUUGAGAGUUGCCAAGAAGGCUAAAAACAAGAAGAAGUCUUCAACUGCUUCAGAUGUCAAUAAGAAGAUUGAAACGGGCAAUAAGGCAAGUCCUUCUACAUCGAAUAGACCUGAAGGUGGUUUAGUCACCUUCUGUUACACUUGUAGGGUCUGUAAGAGUCAUUUAUUUAGAUCAAGGUAUAUUUUAUUAUCACCAGAUUUUAUAUUUGACUAAAAGCAAAUCAAACAUGCAAUUCAAAUCAGCUGUUUGUAUAUUUGUCAACACAGGGUUGCAUUUUCGAAGAGAGAGUUGCCACCCAGUCAAAAAAAGAAUCGCAAAAUAUUUCUAAUCAGUGAGAGAAGCAAUAAAUUAUAAUUUAAU